AUGUCAAAACGAGAAUCCACUCCUGUCGAUGCUAGGGCGUCGCGCAGGUCGUUCCGACUCUCCUUAUCUUCUCUACUUCUUCGAUCGUCUUCUCGGAGUCCGGAAAGAGCGCGUGGCAGCAGUUCAUUUUCUUGGAACGCCUCGAAAACUUCUUUUUUUCUGGCCGACACCCCGUCUCAGUUUGGCCGAGAGCCUGUUAAGGCCGAGGAGUUUGCAGACUCGGACUCAUCGCGAGCGUCCUUGUUCACCGACGAGGAAACGAAGGCCGCAGAGUCGAUCUAUUCUUUGAUCCAAGAAUACGAUCCACACAGACAGAACUUCCGGUUCAACGAGGAAUUCGAUAAUUCCCUGGUUUCUCAUGGCUCGACUGAAGCAGCGCUUUCGGAUUCGAAGCCAGCGAACGACUCUCCCAGCACACCGCAGGAAGGCCGCAGUGCAGAUCUCGACAGGGCCGAUGCACAAAAUGCUCGGCAUCCUGAAGCCAUGCGGCAAGCAUUGGUGAAUUCCGAGGUCGAGGCUGUCUCCAGCAUGCAUGCAUCGCAUGGGAGGAACAAGCGUCCGGCACAAGCGGACCCAAUGGAUACAUACAAAGCACCGGCCGCAUCCCCACUGCAACGCCCCACACGUGACCCCGCCAUUGGGCGACCCUUGGGCCCAAUUUCUUUGUCGGCAGCGGAAAUCCGGGACGCGGCCCACAUUGACUCCCGUGCCCCAGCCGUGCAGCGCACGCAGGUCGUAGACUCUGCUGAGAAGCACAUCUCUCUGAUCUCCAAAGACACCGACACGUCUCUCUCCAGCGGAGAGUUGCUCAGUCAAUUAAACGCCAGCUUGUACGACGGCACGCGCAACAGCAACACCAACUCGGUGAGUUCCGAGGUCGCUCUACAGUCUCUAACGGUGGGCGCAGAUUUGAACACCGACACCCCAACAAUGCUCUACGCGGCGCACGACAAAGCCCCCUCCAAGCGGGGCGCUGCUGUCCACAAACCGCCCAAAUCGCAAACGCCCACAGCCCGAAUCUCGUCGGCCAUUCCGGUGCAGAUCAGGGACGGCACCCGCCUCGCGCGUCGUGUUUCGGUACUGACGCAGUCCAACUCGCCAUCCAGCUGGAAAUCGGCCCCUGCACUGAGGGCCAGUAGUGAUGUUUUGAGCGAUAGCCCCCGGGGCAUGAAAGCAGCGCAUAUCCCGGGACAGAGCCACCUGGGACAGGCACGGAACUUCGCGUACCGCACCAGCACCAGCCUGCUCGAAACUGCGGCGGGCCAUCGGGGCAAAAAAGCCCCGGGUCUGAUGCCCAAGGCCGCUGGAAAUGCCAAUCGCAACUUGCUUGGCUCCGGCACGCCCUUUCCGAAUCCAGGCAAAGGCCCUGUUGGCUCUGCGCCGGGCGUGCCUCGCAGCUUCAAGGAAAGCAUCGCCGGGACCGGGCACGGGGCAGUUGGCGGCGGAAUUGGGGGCUCAGCAGGAGGAGCCAGUCAUGGUUUCGGGCAUGUGCCUGGAAAUGCAGAAAAGUCACCAAUCGAUCGGCAUAGUGGCGUGAGCGAGGGGCCUGUCCAGCAGCCAGUCUCAUCGCCGGCCCCGUCGUUCACACGUGACUCCUCCGAUGAGCUGCAGAGCCUUGAGAGCAUGCUCCAUGACGAGAAGGCGGGGUUCUGGAACCCCGCGCAGCACGAAAGGUCGCUCAGCAUGCCGUGGUCAAAAUGGCUCAUGAUGAUGCUAUGCGCACUUGUGGCCGUGCCCGUGUUUUUUCUCCUCCCACUAGGAGUGUUUGACCACGCAGGGAUCUCGGGGGCAGCAGACUGGCGCUUUGCCCUGGAGGCGAAAACGACGCUGGCCAACUGGCGCUUCCAGCGGCGGUACACGCGGGUGCAAAAGCUAGCUAGCUUGGCGUUGGGCAUUGCAUGGGUGGUUGUCAUUUUUGCCAUGAUAGCCGUCGGCUUCGGCGUCGGAUUGAGUGGGAGCUAG